GUGACUGCACGGGGCCCUGCUCUUGUACCACAGAGAUCGCUGCCACAGGGGCCACUGUAUUUGCAAUCACUGCAUUAGCCUGUGGAUUAGCUUUCUUAUUAUGGAGGAGAUGUGACAAAACUGCAGACACAGAGAAACUCCCAGUGACCAGACAGGAGUCAGGGGAAAGCUCAGUCAGCGGUGCAUCUGAAAAUCAGUUGCUCCUGGUGCAGAGAGAGAAAGCUGACUCCAUUCAGCAUCUCAGGUCAGAGCUGUGUGAGAAAAACAAGACCAUCAUCCAACUACAGAACGACUUAAAAUCUCUGGUUGUUUGCCAGCACAGCCAGCCAACAUUAGUUCCCUCCAGAUCCUCACAGAUGGUCCAAGAACCACUUGUCAGCUCCAGUCUGGAGACCAGCAUCUCACCCAGUGACCACAACCCACCACCAAGUUACUCAAGCAUCAGUAACCGUCCUGGAUCUGCCAUCGAACCCCAGAACAAGCAUCAAAAACCUCGCCUCCAAAGGCAAAACAGUGUCCCAGCAUCUGCCCGACCGAUUCAGAAAACCGUUCCUUUUAACAGCAGCCCGGCUUUUUCCUCUUUUGAUGCUGAAGCGCCAUCCAGUUCUUCUUCAGUAGUAAACCCAGGUCGUAUCGGUCGUUCUAUGAGCGACUGUAGCGCUCAGCCUGCUCCAAAGCACCUCAGGUCUCGGCAAAGACACUCCAUAGCUUUUCCUUUAUCACCAUCGUUUAAUAGCCACUACUCUCCUCUGACAGAUGUGAAUGAAGAGUAAGAACAUGCAGCAGUGAAGGUUUCAGUUCUGGAUUAACCCCAGACACCUUGGAAAAUACAAACAAACAUAAUCCAUCUAGAAACGUCUAGUCAAGUUAAGAGAAUAAGCUUUUUCUAUCCUUCAUGCCUUUAUAUACAAGAGCUCAGGUGUGUGCACAUGUAAACUGCAGGUGAUGAUGGUUCAGUUUGCCUCAGGCACAAGCACAAAUUCUAAUUGACUCACUGUCAUUUUGCACUUUCAACUUUAGGUCUUUCAUCUGAGAAAAUCUGCAAACUUUUAAUUUGGCCACUGAGCUUCAUCUGUGAAUGAAAUGAUUUUCCUUCUGCACCUUAUUUCACUAUUGCAUUCUACUGUAUAUAUUAUGUAUAUUUAUAGGAAAAUGACUCAGCAGGUUUUCAGAUCUUAAAGGACACACGCAGAGGAAGUUAAUAUGGAGCUGUCAGUGCAUGUUACCUGCUGAAGUAUAAACCUGACCACUUGUUACACAUUUCUACAAAAACUAAUUAAAUAUAUGUAUUUAUUUUCUCAUGCAUAUUAUAAUGUGAUAUUUGAUAUUUGAGGUUGUUCAUUUCUUUAAAAUAGCUACUUACUGAUUGGAGGUAAAUUUUUAUAUAAAUUUUAGUUUAAAAAUUGACAUUUUUGUUUAUUUUUUAAGCUUCCCUUUUGUAUGUCCAUGACAUUUGGUUAUGAAAUCAAAUAAAGCUCUUUGUUUAAUUGUAGUCUCACUGCACUUCCUUCAUAGAAUCCUAGACAUAGACCUGGAAAUAGAUCCAGAGCACCCCCUGGUGGAUAAGUGAUGACGCUGCACUGUUUUGCAGCAUGUCCAAACCCUACUGGUGUUUUCAGAGGUGAAAAGUGAGAUUAUGAUCAAUCAGAUUAGACAGCAACAUAGACAUCUGAUACAAUGCAAUAAGUUCACACUCAUUUCAAGUUACUGAAAGACAAUCUGAGGUCUGUAGGAGGGAGCUGGAUACAUGAACAAAUAAAGACAAAAAUCGCCACAUGCACUCGCUGGGUUUUUCACUUUAAAUCUCCCUCCAGUGUAAAGGUGUGUGUCCAUGUGUAGUGUGAUUAUAGAUUAUAGAUCAGCUCUAGCUUCUAUAUUAAUACUGUGAAAGUAUCAAAGCCUCAGUCCACAGAGAAAUGCACACAGCCUGUAUUCAGAAACUGAGCCUUAAAACCAGCCGUCAGGACUUCUGGAACUUUGUGAUGUCACAACAAAGCAGUCACCAAGCCCCGCCCACCUGGACCCACCAUCCAAACCUUGCAGGAUUUGGUCUCUCUGAUAAGAAGAAGCUCUGAUAAACCCCCUAUACAUUACCUGCUCAGACACACACAGUCAGAAAGCAGCUGCUGAACAUAGUGGAGAAUUUAGCAGCUAAAGAGAUUUCCCUCAGGAGCAGGUGGAGACCAAAAACAGAGCUAAAAGAGAGAGAAAACUGUGCUUAGAUUCAUCAGGUGGCCACAAACACAUGAAUAACCACGUCUGCUGAAAGUGCAAAUACAUCUGUUUGUUUUUCUAGUCAACCACUGCAGCUUCUUAGAAAAUUGCUUCAUACACCAAAAAGAUUUUUUUUCUUUUGUGCAUAUUUAGUUUUUUUCUUCAGAGGAAAUCUGAAGGAAGUCUUGAGGCGUUUCACACAAGCGGCUGCCAUGACAACAAACGCAGCGACAGUGUAAGUGCUGUAUGUGAGGGUGGGGUUUGUCAGAGAGGAAGUGCAGAGAUCAGAUUGUCUGUCUGUCCAUCAGUUGUCGCUGAGACAGGAUGCAGUUCACACCGUUCUGCCUGAUGCUGUCGGCCUGUAUUCGGGUCAGCCCUGACAGGUCUCAGUUCUUCAGGUACGACACCAUCACCAUGAGCUGCGAGGAUGUGCUGAACUCCACCGGGUGGAAGGUGAAGAGGAAAACACUGGAGGGCGGGGUCAGACCCUGCUCCUUAGGUUGGGGCUCCACCUCCUCGGGGUCGACUUGCAUCAUUGGAAACAUCUACCCAUCGGACGGCGGGGUGUACUGGUGUGAGUCUGUGGACGGGAAGCAGAGCAACGGUGUCAACAUCACCAUCACUGAUCGUACUGUGAUCCUGGAAAGUCCCGCCCUCCCUGUGUCGGAGGGAGCCGCUGUGACUCUGUACUGCAAAGCUGAGACGCGCUCCCCCGACCACGUGUUUAAUUUCUAUAAAGAUGGCCGCCCCAUCGGCAGCAGCUCCACGGGUCAGAUGACCAUUCACAGUGUUUCCAAAUCUGAUGAAGGCCUCUACAUGUGCAGCGUUUCUGGAGGUGAAGAAUCAAGAGCCAGCUGGCUGGCUGUUGAAGCUUCAUCCUCAUCUCGGACUGCUUCAUGUUCAGUUUCUGUCUUGAAAAUCAUGUUUCACCUGCUGGUGGGAACUCCUUACCUGCUGUCCACCAUCUUACUGGGACUCAUUUACAGAGACAGGAGGAGAGCAGCUCAGACGGUUGCAAAGAGAAGAGGCAGCAACGAUGUCAUCAUGGAUAUAGUCGUGUAGCUCGACGAACCAGUAACAAGCGGCCAAGAAAUUCUGCAUCGCUUCCGACCCUUCACCACAGGAGAUUCAUUCAUUCAUUCAAGGUCAGCAGAGAUUGUUGUGAAGAGUUUACAAAGACCUCGUAGACGUAAUGACCAACAAGGUCCUACCAUGUUCAUCGUCCUCUUUUCACAUGCCUUCCAAAAUAUAUAUAUAUAUACAUAUAACCAUUACAAAAAUGACUGAGUGUCCUGAUCUGACGCCUCUACGGUCAAAGUUUAGGCAACUAAAACCCCAUGGUUAAGGUUGGGGAAUAAACACUGUAAAAAGUAACCAGAUGUAAACAUACAUCCACAAGGAGUGGGAUUAUAUAACAAUGAUGUCAUCUAACAAAUGAUAAAUUAUGAUUAAAUUGGUUCUCAUGCUUAACAGAUUAACGUUAGUUUACACGAAAGGCUACAUAAAUUGUUAAUCAGUAAUCAAUAACCUCCCUGAUACUUUACUAUUUCCACUAUUUCCAAUGUCAACAAUGAACCAUUAAACUCAAAAAAUAA